GAUGCCAGUGCCAGCUGAUGAUCGACGCCACCACGUCACCCGCCAACUUUCUCUGCCCAUGUUUUGUUGCUCACGACGAUCACAGACCAGGAUGCUCCCAAGACCCUUUGACCCCUUGCGUGAAACUACAAGAGGCCCUGAUAGCCCCCAACUCUCUUUCGUAUUCUCCGUCUUCCACAUAUCAUCCUCCAGCGCACGCGACAAGCCCUCCGUUUGAUACUCAACCCUCGAUCGACGCCCAAACACCAUGGCUCUCGGCGGCGCCCUCCUUCGUUUCGGCCAAACAGGCCUGCGCCUCCUCGAGUUUGCAUCCUCGGCCAUCAUCCUCGGUAUCUACAGCUACUUCCUGGCCGUAAUGGCCGACAAGAACAUCUUCAUUCCAAGAUGGGAGAAAGCCGUUGAAGGCAUGUCUGGCGCAGCAGUCCUGUACACCAUAUUCGGCGUCCUCUUUACCCUCUGCCUGGGAGGCAUCUCUUUCUUCGCCCUGCUUGCUGUCAUCCUCGACAUCUGCUUUGUGGGCUGCUUUGCCGCCAUCGCCUACUACACACGCCACGGCGCCAACUCAUGCAAGGGCUUCGUCAAUACUCCUUUGGGUGUCGGCCUUUCCAGCGAGGCCGCACCCGGUGCCGGUGAUUGGGGCUACGUCUGCAGUCUGAACACCGCUUGCUUCGCCAUGGCCGUCUUGAACAUCUUCCUUUUCUUGAUCACUGCGGGCAUGCAAAUGAUGUUGGCCCGUCACCACAAGAAAGAGAAGCGCUAUGGACCUAGCCCCGCAAACAACUACACCAAGGGCUUCGGCCGUCGACCAUUCUGGAAGCGCAACCGUGCAAAUGGGACUACCCGCGACGCGGAGAUGGCGACAGGGACCACGCCCACAGGAGCUUACCGCCCCAGCCACGAGACUGGUAUGACCGGAUCGACGAUGCAAGGUGGCCAUGUUCCUGUUACCUCUGAGCCGAAGUAUGGUCAGCCAGGAUACGGUAUGCAGGGCUACUCGGCUCCCGCGACCAACUACUAGUCAGUGUGAACUGAGCGAAGCAUACCCUCCCUUAUGCCACUGAUCUCAUGACAACCACCCAAGAGCCAAUUAGUGGAGGAUAGAUUAGAUGGUCACGGCAUCUAUACCAAUCUGUAUCAACAGCACUGGCCACGAUUUUGAAGGAGUGAGAGAGGUUCGGGGAAUCACAACGAUAUCAUGAUAGAAUCGUCUGUACUUCAUAGCUUACAAGCUAGGUAAUAAUCAUACUCGCGGGAGAUUCUCUUAUUCAAGCCG